AUGAGGUAUAAUAAAGCCAUCAAUGUUCUGAAACCUGGUGAAAAAUUAGUUCAUCCUCCAGUUAUUGUGACUGAUGAAGUUGGUGAAGAAGCAGCUCCUGCUAGUGUGGAUGAUGAAGUUGUUGAUCCACAAACACAGACUCAACAAGAGGGACCAGUUAUCAAAGAUUGGGAGAGUUUUGAUGAAGAGUUUUGGCAAACAACUUUUGGUGAAGAAGAAGAUAUAGUGGCAAAUGAUCCAAGUCAGCACACAUCACAAGUGUCACCAUUACAGCAACCAAGUCAGUUUCCAAUGGACAUACCUAGUCAGCAGACGUCACAGCAGACACCUCAGCAGACACCCAAAAAGACACCUUGGAAGAGAUCUGUUUCAAAAUCACCUGCAACAAAGAGGAAACUGAAGUACCAGCCAAUAGUUGAACUUGAUGAGGAGCAUGACACAUUGGAAGCAUUGUUAGCUGAUGAAGAACUUGAUGCAUUGCCUGAGAGUACAAAUUUGAAGCAACAUUCAAUUCAUGACUUUCCUAUUGAAGAUGACUAUCACAGUGGAAACUCAUCAAGCUCUGAUGAUGAUGAUGAAGAAGGCAAUCAGCAAAAGAUGGUCAUACCAUCAAGAUUACCAAGUAUAUUAAUAAACAUAGUUAACAGAAGUGGUACUGGAAAGAAUAGAAUGGCAAAUUCAGAUUGGGUAGCAAGUGUGAUUGAAGCUGAUAUCCUAGAGGAUGAACAUUUACUGCAACCUAAGAAGAUCAUCAAGAGAUUGAAGAACAAACAUGGAGUAGAUAUCAGUUAUUGGGUAGAUUGGAAAAGUAAAGGCAAGGCAUUGAGCAAGAUAUUUGGUUCAUAUGAAGAUGGUUACAAGUGGAUACCUGAGGUUUUAGAACAGAUAAAAAAGAAGAAUAGAGGAUCCAUAGGUGUGGUUGCAACUGAUAUGGACAAGGAUUUCAGUUAUUGUUGUCUUUCAUUCAAGGCAUAUUUAGAAGGGUUCAAGAAUGGAUGCAUGCCAUUUAUUGGUCUAGAUGGAUGUCACCUUAAUGGAAAAUAUGGAGGAGUGUUGUUGUCUACAGUGGCACUUGGUGCAAAUAAUGGUAUGUAUCCCCUUGCCAUCUUCAUUUGUGAUUGUGAGAAUAAAGAGAACUGGAUAUUGUUUCUGAACCUUAUCAAAGAUAUGUUAUUAGAGCAUCCAGCACCAUUGACAUUUAUCUCAGAUAGACAAAAGGGGUUGAUUCCUGCUCUUCAAAUAGUAUUCCCUUCAAAUAUAACAAGAUAUUGUUUCAGACACAUGUAUGAGAAUUUUAAGACUAAACACAAGGGUGUUCAUAUGAAGACUUUAGCAUGGGGUGCAGCAAAGGCUUAUAGAGACACAGACCACACUAGGUUCAUGGCUCUCAUGGAAAAAGAUAACAAGAAGGCACACCAGUGGUUUGAAGAUGUAUCAACAAUCCAAUGGGCCAGAUCCACUUUUGACCAUACUUCAAAGUGUGAACAUGUAACCAUUAACUUUACAGAAUGUCUCAACAGUUGGUUGGUGGAGUUAAGAUGCAAACCUAUCCACAGGAUUCUUGAAGGGUUCAACUUGAAGAUGAUGAGUUUGAUAUUUGAUAGAAAGAUGAUAGCCAAGAAAUGGGAAGCUGAAGUUGUACUAAAUAUGUGUUGUUGUGUUGCAUUUAAGCCUGAAAUGGAGGUCAAUAGACCAAAGUUCAAAUCAAAGGUGGGCAAACCUAGAACUAAGAGGAUAAGAUCUGAUGUUGAAGGACAAGAGUCAUAUAAGAAGGCAACGAGGUCCUGCACCCAUUGUGGCAGUGAAUCCCAUAAUAUCAGGCGCUGCCCAACCAAAAACAAUGGUAGUGCACCAAGAACCCUGGGAAAGGGCAGGGGCAGAGGAAGAGGAAGAGGAGUUGGUGCAGCACCACCAUCAGCAGGAACUUCUGCGGCACCACCAUCAACAGCAGGCAGAGGAAGAGGAAGAGGAGUUGGUGCAUCACUACCAGCAGCAGGCAGGGGAAGAGGAGCUAAUGCAGCACCACCACCACCAGGAAGAGGUAGGGAAGCUAAUGCAGCAGCAACACCACCACCAGCAGGCAGAGGAAGGGGAGAUAAUGCAGCACAAGGCAGAGGCAGAGGCUUUGAAUAUUUGUUGUUUGGUACAACUACAACUGCACCAACACAAGGCAGAGGCAAGUCUACACCUCUUUCAUCCACAAGCUCUGCAACAAUUGGAAAUUACCAACAUUUGUAUGGAUCUCAGCCAGAUGGAAUGAGAGAACCAAGCAGGCCACGGUCCCAGGUGUUCAAGCCACCAAGAUGGACGAAUUAG